AGAAAUCCAGCUGCCAUACAAUAUAAAAGAGACAGAAGUGCCCAAGGACAGAACAAGGUGAGUUCGCAAAGACGCUUCUUUUCGGUGUUUUUAUCAGUGUGCACUGCUCUAUUGACGGUUACCAUGACUGGACCCGCUCUGGUUUCGUCUCUCCUGGCACUGGCCUGUGUUCUCCUGCCACUAUGUGCUGCUCAAGGCAGCUGUGUGGGCAGAUGUGGCGAGCCGUUCACACGCGGACAAAUCUGUAACUGUGACUACAACUGUUUUGUCCACGGCGAAUGCUGCAAGGAUUUUGAUGACGUCUGCACCGCCAGUGACUCCUGCAGGGGUCGCUGUGGUGAGCCGUUCCGCCGCGGGAGACAGUGUGAGUGCGAUUCAGACUGCGUGCUGCACAACACAUGCUGUCCUGACUACAGCCGACAGUGUGAUGCUUUUACCAAUUUGCAAGCUGCAAGAAGCUCAAAACCAAACAAACCAACAGAUUAUACUGAGGAGUGUAUGGCAGCAUGUCUCGCAGCUCAGCAAAGCCCAGAUCUCAUGAGAGAUGGGACUAGACUAAAUAACUUUAUGGCUCCAUCUGAAGUUCAAUCACUUCCUGCUGGUGGCCCUUUGCCCCAGGACAUCGGCCUCCAUGCUUCUCUGACACCCUCUGACAUACCAGGUAUUGGUUCCAACCCAUCUGGGUUCCCUCUGCCAUCCGGGUUCCUUCUGCCAGAAUCCGGUCCCGCUCCUUCAGCUGGGCCACUACAGGCAGGGGGUCCUUCCUCUGGGAAUCCCCUAACCCUCCCUGUGCAGGUCUCCCUCUCAAUCAGCGAACAAGGUGACGGGCCAUCCAGCGGACCUGCCUCUGGUUCAGGUAGACCCAGCACUCUUGUAGACAUCGCCCAGGCCAUGGCAACCAGCAGCCCCGCAGGAGCUGAUGCAAACUCAGACCCUGAUCUCUGCAGUGGCCUUGUCAUCGAUGCAAUGGCAGCUCUCUUCAACGGCACCGUCAUAGUUUUCAGAGGUCACUUCUUUUGGCUGCUGAACCCCAAGACCAAGAGGGUCGGUCCUGCUCGUAGAAUCACUGAAGAACUGGGCAUCCCGUCUCCCAUUGACACGGCCUUCACACGCUGCAACUGCCAGGGCAAGACCUACAUCAUUAAGGGUGACAACUACUGGAGUUUUGAGAAUGGUGUUAAAGAGCCUGGAUAUCCCAGAUCGGUGUCCCAGGACUUUGGUGGGCUCACCGGGGUGAUCACUGCUGCUCUGCCAGUCCCAGCCACCAGAAAGAAGCCAGAGUCUGUAUACUUCUUCAAGAAAGGAGGUACAAUUCAGAAAUUCUUUUAUCCACCUGGAAGUGGACCAACUUGCAGUGGAAAGAGAUCCAAAAAUUCAGUCUACGCCAAGAUCCGCCGUGCCAGACAAGCAGAGAUCCAGUUGUCAGGGGAGAUCAACAUCAAACUCAAAAUGAAGGGCUUCCCGACCCCUGUGACAUCAGCCAUGUCCAUGCCCAACCCCAAGAAGUCUGAUGGUUUUGAUUACUUCGUUCUCUCUUGGCCUAAGGUCUUCAACAUCAAGAUUAGCGGUGAGCUGCCUGCUUUGUCAGCCCCUGUCAGCCAUUCCUCUCAGCAGAAUGACAUCAGCAAGUGGCUCAACUGUGCCUGAAAAACCAGCACUAAACAACCACCACCAGCAGCUGCAUGGCGAGAAAGAUUCUCCAUU